ACUCACCGCAAGUUUGUGAUUUCUUCAGGGUGGUGUGUAUUUUUGGUUAGAGUUGAGAAACUCUUAAAGAAUCUUGUGAAAUGUCUCAAAAUCCUGGUCAACAUCCUUACCAGGCUCCUCCCGGGGUUGAAGGGUAUCCAGAGGACCAGAGGUCACAGCGUCCUCGUCAUCCGAUGGCUAAUUAUCACUUCUCAGCUGAUGAACUGAGAGUUCUGAAGGAAUGCAAUAUGGAAAGCUUUUACCAGAGAUCCCUUCCACUAGGAACAGCUCUGGGAUUAGCGGCGUACUUUGGUGUCAAAAGAGGCUUCUUCCGGCCCAACGCAAAAUACGGCGCUGUGCCAAAAGUCUGCCUGGGAGUCAUUGUGGGAUACUUUUUUGGGAAGUUCAGCUAUCAACAAAAAUGUGCUGAAAAGCUAAUGAGAUUGCCCAAUUCAAAACUUGCUGAAAUACUCAAGCAACGGAAGAGAGGAGGACUCUAUGAGAGUUUGACUCCUGAUCAGGGAUUCGGGACUGGACUAGCUCUUCCACCUUUUGGAAACACCACAACAGAUUCCUACAGCGAUGAAGUCUUUCGGAAGAAUCGCAACAGUGCACUCAAUCUGGACACAGAAAGACCUGCCAACACGGAACUGGAUGAUACUUACAGGCCGAAUGUUGAUUCGGACGCAAAACCGGCCCCAAUCACAAAAUUCGACGACAAUUUGCCGUUGGAUCCGCCCAAGACUACCACAAGUUACGAUGAGCUGAGGCAGAAGAAUCGGGAAGAGUACGUGAGGAGAAUGCGCGGAGGAGCUCCACCGGAAGCACCUCCUGUUGAUAGGAGACCUCCACCGCCCAGGGACGUACCUCCGGAGGGUCCUACGGGACAGAAGAAUAAAUACGGAGACGUCUGGUCCCAAUAGGAAUCCUCUUCCAAGUGGGAGAAUCUGGGAUCCUUGCAUGCUUGCAAUUGUACUUUUGAUUGUUGAAGAAUUUUUGAGUAAAACUUAGUUGAGAAAACACGAAAA